AUGAUACCUCUUUUUGUGGAUGAAUCUAUGCUUGCUUUGAGACUUCUGCUACGUACCUUUUCAUUAGUAACUACUCUGGAUGCUGACGUUGAUUUUGACAUUAUAGCUCCUACCUCACGUCUGUUUUAUGCUGUGGACUCUUCUAAUUGCCUAACCCCAUCACAGUAUGACAAACCCCGUGAAAUUUAUCCCUCGGAUCAAGGAACUGAGAUUUCUUCUCUCACAGACUCUGGAUUCUAG